AUCUUAAUGCUGGCUGAGGCCUAGUUUCCCCUUCUCCAUUCACUUCCUUGUCUCCUGGGGAGGGGUACACCCUCUUAUCUUUAUUUCUCAGGCCCUAGCUGUCUAACUUCUGCCCCAAAGCUUUCCCUCCCUACUGCUAUCUUAAAAAAAAAAAAAGAAGAAGUUAACCAGUCUUCAGUUCUCCUGAGGAAGCAUUUAAAAGGCUUGACCGGGGACAGAGUACACUUAGGAGAGCUGCCUGAGAAAAGGAUUCAGAAGCUAAAGGAGGGGAGCCAAGUAGGACAGAGGAUGCUCCAGACCUUGUAUGACUACUUCUGGUGGGAGCGGCUGUGGCUGCCUGUGAACUUAACCUGGGCUGAUCUAGAAGAUCGAGAUGGACGCGUCUACGCCAAGGCCUCAGAUCUCUAUAUCACACUGCCCCUGGCCUUGCUCUUCCUCAUCAUUCGAUAUUUCUUUGAGCUUUACGUGGCUACACCGCUGGCUGCCCUUCUGAAUGUAAAAGAGAAAACUCGGUUACGGGCACCUCCCAACCCCACCUUGGAGCAUUUCUACUUGACCAGCGGCAAGCAGCCCAAGCAGGCAGAGGUGGAGCUGUUGUCAAGGAAGAGUGGGCUCUCUGGCCGUCAGGUAGAGCGCUGGUUCCGUCGCCGCCGCAACCAGGACCGGCCCAGUCUCCUCAAGAAGUUCCGAGAAGCCAGCUGGAGAUUCACAUUUUACCUGAUUGCUUUCAUUGCUGGCAUGGCUGUCAUUGUGGAUAAACCCUGGUUCUAUGACUUGAGGAAAGUUUGGGAGGGGUAUCCCAUACAGAGCACCAUUCCUUCCCAGUAUUGGUACUACAUGAUUGAACUCUCCUUCUACUGGUCCCUGCUCUUCAGCAUUGCCUCUGAUGUCAAGCGAAAGGAUUUCAAGGAACAGAUCAUCCACCAUGUGGCCACCAUCAUCCUCCUCAGCUUCUCCUGGUUUGCCAAUUACAUCCGGGCGGGUACUCUCAUCAUGGCUCUGCACGACUCUUCUGACUACCUGCUUGAGUCAGCCAAGAUGUUUAACUAUGCGGGAUGGAAAAACACCUGCAACAAUAUCUUCAUCGUCUUCGCCAUUGUCUUCAUCAUCACUCGACUGGUCAUCCUGCCCUUCUGGAUCCUGCACUGCACUGUGGUGUACCCACUGGAUCUCUAUCCUGCCUUCUUUGGCUAUUACUUCUUCAAUUCCAUGAUGGGAGUGCUACAGCUGCUGCAUAUCUUCUGGGCCUACCUCAUUUUGCGCAUGGCCUACAAGUUCAUAACUGGAAAGCUCGUAGAAGAUGAACGCAGUGACCGCGAUGAAACAGAAAGCUCAGAGGGGGAGGAGGCUACAGCUGGGGGAGGAGCAAAGAGCCGGCCCCUAGCCAAUGGCCAUCCCAUCCUCAGUAACAACCAUCGCAAGAAUGACUGAACCAUGGUCCCUGCUGGCCCCCAGACUGAUUCAUAAAGCCAAGGAACUGCCCCACCCUCCCCACAGGGUCACUUUAAGCUCUGGGGAGAAAGGAGAGAGAGGAAAGUUCUCUGUGCUUCUUUGUCACCCAGUUGCCUUUAAACCAAAUUCUAACUUAUCCUCAUGUAGAGGGGAGGUUGGUUAUAUCCUGUUAGAGGGGGAUGGUCUGAUUUUCCUCAGCUCUGGAGGUGGGGUUUACAACUCACAUUCCUCAUACUUUAGAAUUUGGCCCUAGCUAUUUGCCUUUGACUCUCUGACCUCCAGAGCCAGGGUUGUGCCUUAUUGUCCUGUCUGUGGGCCUCAUUCUGCCAAAGUUGGACCACCUUUCUAAGCUCCCUACUUGGGCCAGAAACCAAAGUUGAGCUGCCUUUAACCUCUUCCCUUCUAAGACACAAAUGGAUUGAGUGUAGGAGGGUACACAUGACCCUUACCCUACCUCUGCCAAAAGUGGGGACUGUGCAAACGGUCUUUCAUCAUGUUACUUUGCCAGCUACCCCUGUAGCCACAGGUUCAAGAUCUAGCUGCCUUCCUCUGGCACCUUCCUCUUUUCAGCUAGGCUAGCUGGUUUGGGGUAGAAUGGCAACUAGUUUUAAUUUUUAUUUAUUAAACACUCAAGAGUUUUGGUUUUAAAGCCAGAAUUACAGCUAGUACCUGGCAUUUCAGCAGAGGGACCAUUUCAGACCAAAAUGUACUGUUAAUGGUUUUUUUUUUUUUUUUUUUUAAUUAAAAUAUAUUAAA